AUCACUUCGACGCUCUGCGGCACAGCCUGUGUUGCCCUGUCUAUUGCACCACACUUCCGCUGCACUCACGACAGAACGCUCUCGUAGUAGCGCUCGCAGCGAACCACAGCACCACCGCACGAUCGACGCGAAGCAACGUGCCGAUAGCAGCCCAAAACAGCACUGCACAAAGCAAGCGUACCACCAUGAAUGCUGCUGAAGUGAAAUCGGCAGUCUUUGCGUCCGUGGGGUGCCUCGUAGGCAUGCUCGCCGUGCACGAAGCCAACAAAUUCGCCUACGAGAAGUACGAGUACAAAGUCGGCUGCCCGCCGAGCGGGCCCCUGGCUUGUUUAUUGUUCUGCAUGCCGACGGCGCCGGCGUCGCAGCCCAAGACCGUGAUCAUCAGCCACGCCAUCGCCGUGCUGUCGGCGUUGUGUGCGGUGGCCGUCCACGACUUCAUCCCCGUGUUGGAUGUGCCGAAGCCCGUUGUUGGGUUAGUCUUGUCGAUCCUCGCGAUGAAGCUCGCCAAGGCGAUAAAUCCGCCGGCCGCGGCCUACGCGGCGGCGCUGUCGGGCAGCGGCACGACUUUUGGAGCGGUGCUCACCUGUGUGGAAAUCAAAAUUUUACGGCGCGUUCGUGCUGAAUCAUCGCGUCGUCCUCCACGCCAUCGACGCGACGCUGCUCGAUGGUGUGGCGAUGCCGGUUCCUCGCCGCUCGAGCGCACCCAACACACUGGUUGAUUUCCACACAGGUGCUCACGGGGCCCGGGACGCUAGGAGCGGUCGUGCUCAUCGUCGUCCAGCAGGUCUACUUCAAGAUCACGGACGCGCUCUCCGGCACGAAGGCCAAGAAGGCCUAGUUGCGCCACUUUGUACAUAGCUCCCCCUAAGAUUCACAUAGACGUCGCGUCGACAGCGUACCCCGACGAGAGAAAAAGAACUACUU